AUGACGGCCAUUUUACCCCAAGGACUUAUUAAUACGACGACCACGGUGGAACGAUAUGCCUUUGACGAUUCGGAUAUUCACCUUACCAAUGGCGAGUUCCUUCGAAGGUUUUGGAAAGGUCUGGUUGAGCUCGUCCCCUUUGGACGGCAUCUGAGAAUGGCUGAUUCAAAUGGUUCAGUGUACGCGAUCCAAAGCGAUGCCACUCGCGACCAUGCAAGCACAAGAGCUCGCAAUCUCUUCUGGAGAGUUUGGAGCAGUCCAUCCCUCACGCAAUCUAUGACAACUGUUCGUUUGGUUCGUUUAUGGCAGCGAUGUAGUCACGACUUGGACUUGACUCCGAUCGGAGACCAUCAUCCCAAUCUAUCUCACGCCGCAUUUCCCCAGCCGUCCCUUGCCACGAGACAAGCUCGAAAUAGAUCCUCCUCAGUAUCCCCUGCUUCGGGGAUCCCGCCAACAUCGGAUUCGAGUCCUCGGACUGGUCAAAAUGUCGUCCCGUCAUUGCAAGACUUCCGACUUCCUCCCGCCCCUGAUGAAACACCGGGUGCGCGGCUCCCCAGGCGAAGCACUCCCUCUGGGCGAGAACAAUCUGAUAACAAUUCGCGUUCUCCUUCCCAUACCCCUUCAGAAUCAUCAUCCAGACCAUCUUUGAGCAGAACCGCUAGUGGUGGACCAGCGAGAUUGCCUGUGUCAGCCACCAGUGGAAAAUCGAGGACACGACCCCAGAUUCCAAGACGAAAAUCGAGUACACAACGAUCUCCAGUGGCUCCGAAUGCACCCAAGUCGCCCAGGGGACAUUCAGGGACGUCCCGUUCCGGUUCCGCUUCUCGGGAUACCGGUGAUACCGGGACGGGUCGCCUCAAUCCCCACGAUCUUCCUCCCGGAUUACCCAAUCUUCCCUCAACGGCGAGCGGAACAGUCUUUGCUUUGCCUUCGGCUUCCUCGUGGCAAAGUGUCGAUUCGAGCACCGAGAACCCGGCUCUGACAACGACUGCGCCUGCUCUUCCCUCUGGUGAAUUGGUGGACCGAGAUUUCCGGGGCAAAUUCGUCGAAACUCAAAAGAAAUUGGCGAGUUCUUCAAAUCUGGCUGGUCUCGGUCGCAUGAAAAAGACAGGGAGUGUCGUCCGUUUUGCGGAUGAGAUUCCACAGGAGUUACGGAAAGGCAAAGAAAAAGAAACUCGGCCCCCGCUACAGGACGAGAAUACGAGACCGUUGCGAUCACGACCUACGGUUGUAAGCGACGUGGUUUCGGACGAUUCUUCCUCUGAUGAGAUGGAGCUCCCACGUACAAAGAGUCAGCUCAGUCUUUUGAUCAAACACAAGAGAGAUGAAACUGGAAGUCGAGACCUAGGACGGGAAGAGACGACACCGGACCCCAAAGGGAAGGGCAAGGCAAAGGCCAAGGCCAAGGCGAAAUCCAAGGAAGAAGAACUUCUGUCCAUGGCUCGUAGAGAUGGAGUGACCAAAGCCGGGGGAGUUCAGGUCCCCAAACAGCAGAGGUUAAGCGAGCAAGAUGACCCGGGAUCUCUGUCGCGUUCAAGUUCUGAGCCUUUGUUUUAA